UCACCAACCAAACAAAACCAAAACCAAAACAAAGUCAAAAACAACCUCAAUUCCCCUCAUCACCAUCUUCCUCCUCCUCCUCCUCCUUCUCUCUCUCACCAACUCCCAAAUAUCCCACCGCCUUAAUCCAACGGUCACUUUUCAGUCCGAUCAUCCUCCCCCCUCCUCCCACCGUUCAUUUUCAUUUCCAAUUUUUUCUCUCUCAUUUCGGCUAUUUCUGAAUCGAAUUUCGAAUCCAAACCCUAGGCGGUGCUGCAGAAUUCGAAGACAGCGAGAUCAGGGUAUUGGAAUUGGCGGCGAUUGUUGAUCUGGGUCGAUGGCGGAUCUCGAAAACAGGGUUGAUUUGUCGUCAAAGGCCAAGUCCAAGACCUCCUCCCCAAACCGGGGGUUGUUCUUCAAUCGGUCUAUGACCAUGUACGCGGAGCCCAAGAAGGCCCAACACGCGCUCGAUCACGCAGGGUCGUUCAAGAAAUUCUACAAUUCCAUGGAAACGGUGCGUUCCGCGAGCAGUUCUUUUAAAGGGAAGGUGAAGAAGCUCUGCAGCUUCUUCGAAACGGACAAGCUCCCCACACGAAACGUUUCGGACGAAUCGCAGUCCCUGGUGAAGCUCAGGCCGUCGAAAUCGAUGGCCAAUUCGAAGUCUCUGGCGCCGGAUUUUCGGGUGUUGUCGAUUAGGCUGCCGGGUACGGAUGACAGGAUUGUAAUGUACCUCACCAGCUUGCGUGGGAUUCGAAGGACGUAUGAGGAUUGUUAUGCUGUGAAGAUGAUAUUUAGAGGGUUUGGGGUUUGGGUUGAUGAGAGAGAUAUUUCGAUGGAUUCGGAUUAUAGGAAAGAGUUGCAGAGCGUUUUGGGAGCCAAGAAUGUGAGCUUGCCGCAGGUUUUUAUAAGGGGGAAAUAUGUGGGAGGUGCUGAGGUGAUCAAACAGCUGUUUGAGACAGGAGAAUUGGCAAAGAUAUUGCAAGGGCUUCCCAUUCGGAAACCCGGGUCUGUGUGUGGGGGUUGUGGGGAUGCGAGGUUCGUGCCUUGCUUGAAUUGCAGUGGGAGCAGGAAGGUGUUUGAUGAGGAUGAAGAGACGCUCAAGAGGUGCAUCGAGUGCAAUGAAAAUGGUUUGAUUCGGUGUCCUAAUUGCUGUUCUUAAAUUUCUCAAAAUGCUGCAUUCCUCCUGCAUAUUUUAGAGGCUGUCUGCUGUUGUUGUUGAUAAAUAAGCUAUUACUCAAGGUCAUGAAUAGUUUAUGGGAUCCAAAUGUCUCUUUGGUUUGUGGUUUUUUCUUUUUCGUUUCUUGAUUGUUCAUCUGUUGGGAACUGAUGUUCAUUCACUCUUUGGACUGCAUUUUGAAUAAUAAUUUAUGUUAUUCAAAAACGCAAUAUUGGUAUCAGAUUGUAUUACAGAGUUGGGAGAGGUACUUCUGCCGUCCCUGAUCUUAAUGUAAAUAUUUAGUAUUGUAUAAUCAUUGCAAAGGGUUGCAAGCAGAUGAAAUGUAUUGAGAUUGGAUAUAAUCAUGCUCUAAUUUUCUAGGUUUAA